AUGAACUUGAGAAGUAGAGGGACUACAAACAUCACUCCACUAGUACCAGACAUCAGAACUUUGGAAAGAGAGAAUAGAAGGAGGAGGAGAGAGGAGGAGCAACAUGCUCAUUUAGACAGAUUGAGUUUUGAGAUGGCUCAUCAUCAGAACCUGAAUCCGGCUGGAGAGAUCCCCUUGGGAGCUGCCCAAGAAGGAGAUGGUCAAGGAGCUGCCAACCUUCGACCACAGUGCCAACCACAACACCCACAACGCCCAGCUCGUGCCAUUGGAGCUUAUGAUCAACCACACAUUCAUGAGAACAACAAGUAUCAUGGCCUUGCUGCUGAAGAUCCAUAUGAUCACUUGGACAAGUUUGAUAAGUAUUGUAGCUUGUCCAAGAAUAAUGGUGUUUCUGAAGAUACCUUCAAGCUCAAGUUGACAGCCAAGAUAAGGAAUGAAAUCUCUACCUUCCAGCAGAAGAAUCUUGAGAGCUUUAGUGAAGCAUGGGAGAGGUUCAAGGGCUAUUGGUCUCAGUGUCCACACCAUGGAUUCACAAAGGAAAGCUUGCUGAGCACAUUCUACAGGGGUGCUCUACCUGAGUACAGAGCCAGAUUAGACACAGCAAGCAAUGGAUUCUUCUUAGGCAGAACUGAAGAGGAUGCAGAGGAGCUGGUUGACAAUAUGGUGAAGAGUGAUUCAGUCUACAGUGGGGAGCACGACAGGACCGACAAAAGUGAUGAUCAACACACAAGGAAGGAGAUUAAGUCUCUCCAAGAGAAGCUAGACAUACUUAUCAAAGAGAAGGCUAAGCAAGGGCAGUUGAACUCUGUUGUAGACCAGAAACAAAAGCAGGAUGCAGGGAUCAAGGAGGUUGAUGGUUUAGAAGGCCAAGAGGAGCUAUGCUUCAUCAAUGCUAAUGGCACAUGGUAUAGGAAAGAGCCAAACUUUCAAUACCAAAACAACUACCACCAAAGCCCCCUCUACAACAACCAACCUUCUCAACAACAAGCUAGUCCUUCUACUUCUACUCCUCAGGAAAGCAACACAAAUGCUCUACUGAAACAGAUCUUGGAAUCCCAGACUAGAAGUGAGAAGCAUGUUGGAUAUGAGUUGAAGAACCUUCACAACAAGAUUGAUGGGAACUACUCUGACCUCAACAACAAGUUCCUACAACUUGCAUCUCGUUUCAACACUUUGGAGAGUCAGGUCGCCUCUAUGCCAUCAUCUUCCAAGAGCUCAAUGGGAUCUCUACCAGGAAAACCAGAAAAGAAUUCCAAGGAGUCUUGCAAUGUAGAUGAGAUUGAGAAGCUAGUGUUUGGGACUGAGCUUAGGAAAGUUGAGAAAUUGGUUGUAGCAACAGCUGAAGCACAGAUGGUGGAUAAAGCUAUGGAAAGGGUUCAGGUACAAGGUGAAAGGAAGGUUGAAGCAACGAAUCUACAGAGAGUUGAGCUUAAGGCUGAGAAACCAGUUGAGAGGAGAGCUGGCCAGAAGCUGAAAGAGGUAAAGAAAGAAGACACUGAAAUUGAGCUACCACCAUAUGAGGUCCCACUCCCAUUUCUACAAAGGGUUCUCACCAAAGCUCAGAAGAAGGUUAUCUCCAAGUUCGGGAAAGAUCUUAGUGAUGUUGGGGUCAGGCUCCCAGAAAUCUCCGGUAUGCGUGAAGCUCAUAUUGAUCCACUAGUCUCUCCACAGUCCCUCCCUAAGCUAGAGUCUCAAGGGAAGUUCACAUUGUCUUGCUCCCUUGGUAAGAUCACUAUGAAUGUUGCUUUGGUUGAUUCUGGUGCAAGUGUGAAUGUGAUCUCAUUGGAAAUGGUGAAAAGUCUUGGUAUUGAGAGCAUGGAGGCAAACACAUCUUCUCUUAUGUUUGGGGAUUCAUCUUCUACAACUCCCAUUGGCAUCAUCAAGGAUUUCCCUUUGAAGAUUGGAGCAUGCACAAUUCCUAUAGACCUCACUGUUCUGAAGAUGGCAAGUGCGAAGAGAGUUCCUUUGAUCCUUGGCACUCCAUUUCUCACAACAGUUGGAGCAUGUAUUGAUUUUCCAAAAAAGAAGGUCACACUCCUCAAUGUGAACAAGGUUGUCUCUUACCCAAUCCAGUCUCCAAUGGAUGUUGGGUAUUGUGGAACAAUCACUUGUGAAGAAUCAUCCAUUGAGAAGACCCAAUCUAAAGUGGUUGUACCUGAGAAAGAAGGUCUUGCUGGAGAGUCCUCUAAAGAGCUCAAGCCAAUGAAGCUCAAGGAUGGAGUCAUUGAGUACAAGGUCAAGUGCAAGGGCAGGUCAAAGUCAUUUUCAAGCGCAAUGGCCAUCAUCACUCCUCAGCUUCAAAACGACCACAUCAAGCUCCAAGAGCUCCUCACUCAGGUCCUCACAAUCACUCUUGAAGGUGGGAAGGAUCCUCCUUCUCACUAG